ACAUAUACUUCAGUACCAUAAUCUGCCUCUGCCAUAUCUAACCAAAAGCUAUUCUUCCUUUCCAAUCAUGGAGUUUGUUCUCCACUAUCUUUCUUCAAAUUCAACCUUGUCCUUCUUUCUUUUCUUGUUCACGGCAGUGUUUAUCAUAUUUUCAAGAUCAAAACCGAAGCCACAAAACUCAAAAUUGCCACCAGGACCAUCUAAACUACCCUUCAUAGGAAACAUACACCAACUUAGUUCUAUGCCUCACCGUGGCCUAACAAAAUUAUCACAAGAAUAUGGCCCUCUUAUGCACAUAAAACUAGGCUCACUCUCAACCAUAGUUGUUUCUUCACCUGAAAUGGCCAAAGAAGUUAUGAGAACUCAUGACAUAAUAUUUGCAAAUAGGCCUCACAAUCUAGCUAUUGAUGUUAUAACAUAUGGUUCUAAGGGAAUGAGUUUUUCACCUUAUGGAAGCUAUUGGAGGCAGAUGAGGAAGAUUUGUACUUUUGAGCUAUUAACACCGAAGCGAGUCGAAUCGUUUCGAUCAAUCAGGGAACAAGAAGCAUCGAAUCUUGUUAAGGAUUUAAGUUCCAAUCAUGGGUCUAUCAUUAAUUUCAGCAAAGUUAUAUAUUCUGUGUCAUAUGGAUUAACAUCAAGAGUGGCCUUUGGGGAAAAGUCAACGGAUCAAGAAGCGUUCAUACAAGUUAUGAAGGAUGUGUUGAAAGUUGUUUCUGGUUUCUCUUUGGCUGAUUUGUAUCCUUCAAUUGGAGUGCUUAGUGUUGUGACAGGGUUAAGAUCAAAAGCAGAGAGGAUUCAUCAAGAAGUGGAUAGGAUCCUCGAGAAGAUUGUGAGAAAUCACAAGGAAAGAAAGGAAAUGAAUGAGAAGUCAACGGAGGAUAUUGUUGAUGUCUUAUUAAAGCUUCAGAAGCAGAGCAACCUUGAGCACCCUCUAUCUGACAAUGUUAUCAAAGCAACAAUUUUGGACAUCUUUGCUGCGGGAAGCGGCACCUCAGCGAAAACAUUAGAGUGGUCGAUGUCAGAACUUAUCAAGAACCCAAGCGUGAUGGAAAGAGCACAAGCUGAGGUAAGAAGAGUCUUUGAUUCAAGAGGGUGUGUCGACGAAGCCAACCUCCAUGAACUCCACUACUUAAAAUCAGUAAUCAAAGAAACACUACGCCUCCAUGCUCCUGUUCCUUUAUUACUUCCAAGAGAAUGCAGCGAGAAAUGUGAAAUCAAUGGUUAUGAAAUCCCGGCUAAGAGCAGGGUCGUUGUUAAUGCUUGGGGAAUUGGGAGGGACCCAAGAUACUGGAAGGAAGCUGAGAAGUUUGAUCCAGAAAGGUUCAUUGAUGGUUCUGUUGAUUUCAAAGGUGCAGAUUUUGAGUUCAUUCCAUUUGGUGCUGGGAGAAGGAUUUGUCCUGGAAUCACAUUUGGGGUUGCUAGUGUUGAACUCAUACUUGCAAAUUUGCUUUUUCAUUUUGAUUGGAAGAUUCCAAAUGGCGAGAAGCAUGAAGAUCUUGACAUGUCUGAAUCAUUUGGAUUGUCCGUUAGAAGAAAACAUGAUUUGUACUUGAUUCCUUCGGUUAUAAAACCACUCGUCCCAAAAAUUUAAGCUAAUAAAAAAAAGUAACAUUAAUAAUUUGGGUUUGUUUGAUUUUUACCUAGACUUUCUUUUCAUU